UUCCAGUAUAGUGCAGUGGUGUGUGCUCCAUGAACUUAGGUCGAUUUGACCGAAUCACAUAAUUUAUGAUGUUUCAUUGUGAUGUUUAUUUUUCUUGCAGCUCCACGAUCUAACCCCAACAAAAACACGAACAAAAUAACCUUUUAAAACGGUAAAUGCCCAAGUUGGAGCGAUGUUCUCGUCAUUUUUGCAUGCUUAAUGUGUUACGUGAAAUCAAGUCAGAGGGCUCUGUCCCUUAUAGGCCAGUGCUUUUGGACGGCACAACUGAAGCAGAUUCACUCCCAUCUCGUCGUAUCAGGCAACCUUUCCGAUCCUUAUGCCGCCGGCAAGCUCAUCGCCUUGUUCGCUCUUUCCGAUUGCGGCGAUCUACGGUACGCGCACGACAUCUUCCUCCGUCUUCCUCAUCGCACCACCUUCAUAUGGAACACCAUGGUCAGGGCGUUUGCCGAGAAAAGCGAACCCAACAGAGCUCUGUUUCUUUACAAGCAAAUGCUUCAAAGUGGAUUUUUACCCAAUAACUACACCUUCUCUUUCCUUCUUAGAGCUUGUGCUGAGCUUUCAGAUGGCUUCUUGGGCUCGUUACUCCACGCCCAGGUUGACAAAUUGGGUUGGGAGUCUUACGACUUUGUGCAAAACGGAUUGGUCCAUCUGUAUACGACUUGUAAUUGCGUGGAGUCUGCUCGUAAGUUGUUCGACGCGAGUUUGAACCGGGAUGUGAUUACAUGGACGACUGUGAUCAACGGGUAUCUGAAAUCUGGCCAGGUUUUGAUCGCACGACAGUUGUUUGAUGAAAUGCCCCAAAAGAAUUCAGUUUCUUGGAGCGCAAUGAUUACUGGGUAUGUACAGGUCGAGUUGUUUAAAGAGGCUUUGGAGCUUUUUAAUGAUAUGCUGACUGCUGGCUUUUGGCCUAAUCAUGCUGGGAUUGUUGGUGCUCUCUGUGCUUGUGCAUUUCUUGGCACUUUGAAUCAGGGUAGGUGGAUUCAUGCGUAUGUAGAUAGAAAUGGCAUGGAAUUAGAUAGAAUUUUGGGCACUGCACUCGUAGAUAUGUAUGCAAAAUGUGGAUGCAUUGAUAUGGCUUGCAGUGUGUUCAAUGAGAUGCCAUAUAGAGAUGUCUUUGCUUUCACUUCUCUGAUUUCAGGUUUGUCAAAUCAUGGUCGAAGUGCAAGUGCAAUCAAGUUAUUCAGGAUGAUGCAAGAUGAAGGAAUUGUUCCUAACGAAGUUACAUUUAUAUGUGUCUUGAGCGCAUGUAGCCGAAUGGGGUUCGUUGAAGAAGGAUUGGGGAUCUUUGAAUGUAUGAGUAAUGUUUAUGGGAUUGAUCCAGGUGUACAGCACUAUGGCUGCUUAGUAGAUCUAUUAGGUAGGUCAGGGAUGCUUGAAGAGGCGAAGAAGGUGGUGAGAGAGAUGCCCAUGGAACCAGACUCUUAUGUGUUGGGCGCACUGCUCAAUGCUUGUAGAGAUAAUGGUGAUGUUAAGUUGGGUAAAGAAACGGUUGAGUCCUUCAUACAGCGGAGCCUAGACCAUGGUGGGGUUCACGUUCUUCUUUCAAAUAUUUAUGCAUCUGCCAACCAGUGGGAUUAUGUCGCAGAGGUAAGGAAGGGAAUGGAAGAGAAGAAGGUUAGAAAGGUGCCGGGAUGCAGCCUAAUUGAAGUUGAUGGUGUGGUUUGUGAAUUUGUAGCUGGAGAUAGGUCUCAUGUGUUUAUGGAGAUAAUCAUGUCAGUUUUGCUUGGGAUUGACAAGAAUUUGAAGUCUCUAUGGCUUGAUGAUAAUGAUGAUAUAACCAUUGAGCAUUUUACUUAUAGCUCAAACUUACUACAUCCUAAUUUUUGCUAGUCAUUUUGGGCAUUAUUCUUGAACCUUGUCUCACUUCAGAUGAAAAUCUUGCUCUAAUUGGUACAAUUUUGAGGUAACAGUCCAUUUGUUUUGUGGCUAUCUUCAAUGUUGUAUUCAUCUUGUAAUGUUUAAUUCAUUGUGCAAAAUGGAUUAAGCAAACGUAGAAGUUGCUAAUGCCAUAUAUGUGCAUUGUAUGAUGUAAUAAGCUGCUAAAUGCCGUAGGCACAAUGGGAAUGAUCAAUGAGAUUCAGGGACAAUAAGGGUUAGCUAUCAGCUUAAAUGAAGGCUGGAAAGCAUAGGAUGAUCAGUCAAGGAUAGUGCAGGAUAGAGAGAUUGACUGCUCGUCGGACAGAAAUCUCACUUAGAGGACAAGGCUUUGGGGUUUCAGCCAAUAAGUAUUGUCAAGGCGACUGCUGUGAUCAAGAAUUGACAAGAUACGCAGGCCAACUGCUCAACCACUUGAACAGGGUAGCAAGCAAAAAAAAGAAAAACAGUACUCGGACAGAAGAUAAUUAUGACAUUGACAGAUCAAGUUGCAAAAGUAGUAAAUCUGAUUUUUUCAGUGUUUGUUAACUAUAGAUAAGGCUCAAACACAUGUACUAGUCAGGAUAGUAAGGCUAGCAUUAUCAUAAGAGCUGUGAUUGCAAUGUGCCAAGGUUGCUGCUCAAUCUGUUAAUAGGAUUGGAUUGAUAAGAUAGUGUAGAGGCCUUUUGCCAAAUUCCUCCAAGCAAUAUAGUAUUAACACCUUUCAGUCUCAUUGAUUAGCUACACUCCAGUAAUCAUCACCUUGUUCCUUUUCCUCCCUGCACUUGUGUUUAUUUCUUCCCCAUUCUAUCUUCCUAUCGAUGUUCUCUAUCUCUUUAUUAAUUCCUUCGUCCAUCUGUCCUUCCUUCCUUCUUCUUCUUUGCUCCUCUCCUUACCUACUUCACAAAUAUUCCUUUCCUUUAUUAUUUUUCCUCUACCUUGCCAUUCUUUUUUUUUUUUUCCCCCGAAGGGGAUGUUGAAGAUCUGGUCCUGGUUUCCUUUUCAUUCUUCCAUUUAUCACCUAUAUCCACUAAAAGAGUUUUCUCACAGCCAAAAGUUAACAUUCUUUCUUAUGGCAUUGCCUAUAAAUGUAGGGAUUGGUACCAGCAUUGGAAGCCCUAUCCCAGUCGGAGCACAGGUUCUAUGUCAAGCAUCCACACAAUAACUUUAAGACAGAACAGGAAGAGCUUAGUUUAAAGGAAUCUCUAUGGAGUGCAGCGAAGGCCACUUGUGUUGAGGACUUCUUGACAUGGAUGAGUUAUAAUGAGACCAAAGGUGGGCAGGCUUACAAUUGGAUUGUAGGUAAACUGUCACACAAAUGGUGAAGGGAUGAGAGGAAUUUUUUAUCCCAAUAUUAUUAAUAAGGUUGACGAAUUGAAGUAGUAGUUCUCAAAGUCUUUUUAGAGCCGUCUGUAGACAGAAUAUUCUAAGCACAGUGCCAUGCAGAUCAGUUUGCAGUGGACUUGAAUGAGCACAGAUAUAGCUGUAAAAAGCGGAACCUCUUUGGCGUUCCCUGCCCACAUGUUGAUGCCAUCAGCUUCAACGGGAGGCAACAAGAGAUGCAUGUUGUAGAUUUUUGCAAUGUGGAUACAUGUUUGAAGAUUUAUGAUCAUGCCAUCUAUCCCAGUAAGGGUGACAAGUCGUGGCCACAAUCUAACUAUAGUCCACAGCCAUCUUGAGUGAAGCAGCAAAAGGCGGACAAAAAAAGGAAGGUGCCUGAAGAGGUGCAGAGUGGAAGCCGACCAAAAUUAGAGAACCAAACUACAAUUAUAUAUGCUUAAGGUGCUGUGGGAAAGCCCAAACUAAGGUUGUGCAAGCAAAAGAAUUCAUAAUCAAACUCUUCUGGAAACUGCGAGCUACUUGUAAGCUCUGCCCUAUGGUGUUAAAUUUAACAUGUUUAUUGAUUAUUUUUCCACACAUUGUUAUGCAAUUUGCCCUUCUAGGUUUUAAGACUAGGUGGUAUGGCACAAGUUACCAUGGUGAGAUGGAUGCUUGAUGUAAGACCCUAAUUUGUUAUGUUGAUGCGGCCAAUGCCAUUCUUUACUA